AUGCGCUACGACGACUGGGACGUGAUUCUCUUCCCUAAGGACUCUCACAUACCGAUACAGGAGUUUAAGACAGCCUGUUAUGUCUCAACGGAGGAGUACGGAGGCCAGCUACCUACUCUAACCUGCUACAUCAACUCCUUGCCACCGUCCACACCGUUCCGAAUUUCUGUACACUCGUGGGCUGCGGUAUCAAAAGCCUCGGAACUUAUAGAAAUAAGACGGAAGGAGAACCAGAAGGUCGUAUACACGGUUCAGAUCAUCGUCGAUGGGGCUAGAGUCUUCCAUGGCUUCUUCGACAUUACCUCGAAGUGGCCCCAGGAGAUCGCCCAUGAGAAGAGGUCUCUCUCCGUCAACGAAUAUCCCACAAGCCAACGGAAGCCAUGCCUCGAGUUUCCACCGUUUCACCAACGUACUCUCAUGCAGAACUCAUGGGAUGCCCGCGAUCCAAACGGACGUAUAAGGAUAAUGCUAUCGGAGCAGUUGAUCACCAAGACAGCCAGCCCUGGAGAAGUAGACCUCGGUACUACUAACAACAUUGUUUGCUUUGUAUUUCAGCAUGCUCCAAAGGAUAUAUUGGAACAAGCGGGAAUCUCGUGGCCAAUACGAAAUCCUCUUUACCUCUCCAAUGCGCUCGAGCGAACCGCACUGCUCUCGCAAACGUCCCCAAGAACCUCUUGGAUCCCCAAAGCUUGUUCUUUCCCAGGCGAUAUACGCAUGCAAUCGCCAACCUCGCAGCCCUCAGCAUUCAAUCUCGCCAAAUCACAAAAUCCUUUUCCAAAUCGACGCUCCAAUGCGCACUUGCCAUCUAUCUUACAUCUUUCUAAGCCACCUCCAAGCUUUAGAGGCAGCGGUCGCCCAGGUGUAUGGGGUGAUACUUUCAACUCGCUCAGUGAUUGUGCCGACGACGUGAGCAUGGAUACUUGGUCGACAAAACGGACCACGUCAGGCUCAACUAGCGAUUUGGCCAUGCCUGGCUACAUGUACGCAUCGUCACAUCUAUCCAGAAAAGGCCCGCUAUGGAUGCCUAGGAAGUCGCAGUACGAUGAGAGCACUAACUCAGACUGGAAGGAUCGUCAAUCGAGGAAGGAGAAGGAGAGACAACUCGUCGUUACCCUUCGAGACGACCAGUUAGGACAGAUCAUUGAAGCCAUGAGCCCGCCAAAGCAGAACCGUGAGAUGUCGCAUGGCUUUAGUAAUCAGCGCGAUGAGAAUGCUGGUCGGCUACCGACUGCUCACACAUACUAUCCACCAAAGUCAGAAGUCGUUCCGCCCAUCAACCGCCCAUCCUCGGCAUCUAUUGCUCGCAAGUCGUCUUAUCCGGAUUUCAACAGCGCCCUGCGGAACGCUUCGAACAAACAAUCACCAAGUAGACAACGGUCGCACGAUGUCGCGAAAGAUAGAUCGUCUGCAAUCAGCCGCUCUUCUAUAUCAAGUAACAAAGAAAACUGCCCUCCUUUGCAGUCCCGGUUCCCGACUUCACUACCGCAUGCGAAUCGCAUCCCCACACCAAACCCUUUUGCACAGAGGCAACCAACUUACACCUCAGACAUCUCGAUGAGAGACCCGUCUCCAGCCCUUUCAAGUUUGUAUAGGUUCAAUCGAAGUGAAGUGCCACCUCCAACCACCGAAUAUGCUAAAUUCGAGUCAGCUCAUGGCCCUUCAACUGUGAAUAUCAGGAGCAGAAAGGAGGGCGUGGCGUCCGAUUCACCAAGGCUGUCGGAUCAAGCUAUGCGCCAUGACCAGAGCCUGCUACCAGCAUUAAACUCAGGGUCUCAGAUAAUACAUAAAUCUACCUCUAAGGAUCAAGACAGAUCCUCACAUAACAUCCCUAAUCUAGUGGAGGUCAUUGAUGUGGACGCCAUCGAUCCACAUUUAACCACCAACACUUCUUUGGACAACACCAAACUCUCCCCAUUCAAACCCUGCCACAAGACUGGAGUAUCACUGUCAAGCAUCGACAGUACCGGCCGUCUAGAGAGACAGCUCUUCAGCGCCCUUGGUGAGGAACUAGGUAGCUUUGAGCGCCAUGUCGACACCACAGGUAUGGGACCUGAGCUUGCACAGGCACUUGGCGGAGCAGCACACUCCGACCUCAGUGGUAGCACCAUGCUGAACCCGACCGCGAGCGACUUUGAGCCUAUGAUCAAGCGGAAGAGACAAGUUACAUUAGGUCAUGGUGACAGGGAAAGGAGUCCCAUGACGAAGAAAGAGAAGGCUGAGUUGGGAGGCACUGAGGGUCAGGAGGAGGAGGAGGUGGUGGUGUGUAUGAGGGGAGAUUGA